CGGUCGACAAGUGAGCGCGGGUUGUUUUAUCGCCAUUAGGAGCGAGCGAAAGAAUUAAAAAUUUCCCCAUAGGCGCGGCGGGGGCAGGGCACACUCGCCGUCGCCAUCGCCAUGCCUGCCUCUAUCCGCUAUUCCUCUUCGUCUUCCUCCUCCUCCUGCUCUUUAAUCACCCGGGAACGAAGAGGCGGGAUGCUUAGUGGAUAGCAGGGCCUUGAGCGGGAAGCGGCCGGGCCGAGGAGACCGGCGUCCAGAGGGGGCCGCCGCGCCGGACUGAGAUGCUGGAGCAAUGUCAGAUUCAAAGGGCGGCGCCGGCGGCAUGGGCGGCAUGAACAUGGUCACCACGGUGAUGGCCUUCUCGGUCAGCGCCUUCUUCGUGCUCUUCGUCUUCACCAGGCUGCUCUGCGCGCGCCUCCACCUGUCCAGGGCCGCCGCCGCCGCAGACCGAGCAGCCGGCGACGCCUUCGUCGUCUCGGCCUACAACGUGGAGCGCGGGAUCCACGGGCUGGAGCCCUCCGUGGUGACGACCUUCCCCACCGUCAAGCUCGGCGACGGCGGCCCGCAGCGGCCGCCGGUGCAGGAGGCGCAGUGCCCGGUGUGCCUGGAGGAGUACGAGGCCAAGGACGUGGUGCGCGUGCUGCCGGCCUGCGGCCACGCCUUCCACGCGCCCUGCAUCGACGCCUGGCUCCGGCAGCACCCCACCUGCCCGGUCUGCCGCGCCUCCCUGCGCGCCAAGGCCAGCGGCGGCAACCGCGCCGCGCCGCCCGAACACAGCGUCCUCGUCGCCGGCGCCGCCGCCGCGAGGGCGGCCUCCUCCCAGGUCCCCGCGUCCUCGUCCGACGUCACCGCGUCGUCACCGCAAGCGCCCCGCGGGCACCGGACGGACAUGGACGCGGCGGAUGGCCGGCUGGAGAUCGUCACCGAAGAGCCCGCCUCCCCCAGCGACCCGAGCCCUGCUGCUGCUGCUGCUGCCGGCCGCCAUUCUCCCUGCGGCGAGACGGUGAGGCAGAGCGGGAGCGCCGCCGGCGCGUCGGAGCAUUACUAGGUAGCGCACGCUGACACACGCCUUGUUUACAUGGAACGGAACGGUGCUGUGAGUUGAGAUCGCGACGUGUUCAGGAGGUUAGUGUUGGGGAAAAUUCAAUCUGGUUUUAACAGGCUUCUUCAUUCUGAUUUCGUGAAGCUCAUCGCGCUUGCUUGUACAGUCUUGGUUGAAAUGAUUGAUGCGCUUGUCCUUACGUGAUCAAUAGUAGCUUGAAAGCCAUGCUGGCGCUAUGGGUUUUUUUUUUUCACUCUGCAGUGUAGUGCGUGACAUGGAACCCGUGACUGCAGACUUCCGCAAGGAAAGUCGCUUCGGAAAUCAGAACGGAAGGCUCUCUAAAUUCUGCGCGGCCCAGUAACAAAUCGGCCCACGUAAAAGCAAAGUGCUUUUCUGACUCGCAGGCAGCAAAGGGCGGGAGGCGGCGCGCGCGUUUAGUACCACCUCGGCGGUUCGAGGAGGGUAGGACGGUGGAGCUAGCUACAAAGCAAAGGCCAGGGGCAACGAUGUUCCAUACUUACCUGGACGGGGUCGAUGCCCGAUCAUGAAGGGGCAUGGCCUAGGUUAGGGGCCCACAUUGCACUCGGUGGGUGCGCUGGCCUACCAUCUCCCCAAGUGGGAGAGUGGACGUCAUAAUUUGUGGUAGAGGGGGUACGCGUUCGCGCGGCCCCUGC